AAGAGGAUGAAGACGUCUCCAGCCACAGGUCUGCUGCGUCUGAGGGGGGCUGGCUGCUGCCUCUUCCUGGCCUGGCUGGUCUUCAGCGGCGUCUGCUUCCAAGGGACAGAUUCAACUGCAACGCUGCGUGCAAAAAUAUCUCCACUCCAGUGCAGGCCUUCCUUGGGGCAGAAGCUCUGUGUCCCGUGCAAGGGCUUCACCGCCUUCCCAGAGAGUGGCAUCAUGUACUGGCUGGCCAACGGCUCUUUCGUGGACGAGCUGUACCCAAGCGGAGCAGUCAGAGAGACGGACACCGUAGAAAAAGCCGCGGGCAAAGUCCUCCGUCUGGAACGGACCCUCAUCUUCCGCUCCUUCACGUGGAGGGACUGGCACACAAACUUUGAGUGCAUCAUUGUUGACCCAGCAGGCCUUGCCCGGAAGAUGAUCACCUGGAUGCGGCCAGCCAAAUCCACAAGAGAUACCGAAGGGAGCGCAGAGGCAGAAGACCCCAAGUAGAGGGCUGGGUACCAGGAGCCCCUCUUCGUGCAAAUGCUGAGCGGCGGCUCAGGCCUGCUCACUCCUCAGCACCUUCUGCAAUCCAGGAUGCUGAAAGCCUGUCUUACGGCAGCACUUUUCAACAAGAAAACGUACUCAAAGUGGUUUACACAGAAAAUCAGUAACGAAAAGUUGGCUCCCUGUCCCCAAAGGGCUCACAAUCUAAAAAGAAAAUAAGUCACCGAAGGGAUGAUGGGAGUUGUAGUCCGACAGAGUCUGGGGAGCCCUGGGGAGAACUCUGGCCUUGGAGCAAGAGGCCGCUAGUAGUGGGGCUACAGAUCAUACGGAGGAAACGACAUACCUAUUUUCCCAGGCCUUCAACUGAGACCAAAUUUUAAAUUUUAAUGGGUUUUUAUCUAUUAUGAUCUUUAUCAAAUUUAAAUGUGUGAUAUUUUACAUUAUGUUUAAAUUUUGUAGACUGCCUAGAGAUGUCUGUACUAGGCAGUAUAUCAAUUCAAUAAUAAAUAAGUAAAUGUACUGGA